AAGAUCCCUAGGCUUCCCGCCUUCAAGCUCCAUCCGGCACUUUCACCGCUUUGGGUUCCCGGACGCGCCCGCAGCACCCGCCCGCGCGCGCCCGCGUCCGCGUUUGCCGCGCAACCCCCUCCGCGCAGGCGCUCUCACCGCAGUUCCUACCUGAGCCGCCCCAAGCGCUGGCGAUCACGCGGCUCUGCAGACCCGGGGCCGCGCCAACUGAGAACUCGCCAGGCUCUUUGUCCCUUGCUAGGCCCCCGGGGCUGGCGAGGCCGCAACAGUGGCAUGGGCCUGAGUCCGGCCGACGGUGGGGAGUACAGGCUUCGUCUCCGUAGGGCGCCCCCGUCCCGUCCCAAACAAGCCUUAAAAACCGCCCUCACUCGGCCAAAUGACGAUCAGCUGGCUCCCGGAUGUUCAACUGCGGCUCCCUCAGAAUUAGAAGAAUGCGUGGGAUCCCAAGCUUUGGUCCAGCUCCAGCCCCAGCCCCAGCAGUUCCAGCAGGGGACCCUAGAACCAGGCGAAAGCAUCCAGCAAGGGGAGAAGCCUGUAGUUAAUUUGGAGACCACACCCAUCCAGAAGAAAGCAGAGUUGAAUUCAACACCCAAGCCUGAGAGUGAAGGCAAGUUAAUAAAGGAAGCAACUGAGAGCAAACCAAGACCCAGACCUGGAGACCUGAUUGAGAUUUUUCGCAUUGGCUAUGAGCACUGGGCUAUCUAUGUGGAAGAUGAUUGUGUGGUCCAUCUGGCUCCCCCGAGUAAGAGUGAGGAAUUUGAGGUCGGCAGCAUCACUUCAAUUUUUAGUAACCGGGCUGUGGUGAAAUACAGCCGCCUGCAGGACGUACUGCAUGGCUGCUCCUGGAAGAUCAACAACAAGCUAGAUGGGACGUACCUGCCCCUGCCCGUGGACAAGAUCAUGAGGCGUACAAAAAAGAUGGUCAACAAGAUAGUGCAGUACAGCCUGAUUGAAGGGAACUGUGAACACUUUGUCAACGACCUCAGAUAUGGCGUGCCCAGGAGCCAGCAGGUAGAACAUGUCCUAAUGGAAGGUGCAAAGGCUGCAGGAGCAGUUAUUUCAGCUGUAGUGGAUAGCAUAAAGCCCAAACCAGUAACUGCCUGAAGAGCCACUGACACAGCAAAGAGAACAUGCCUCCUUCCCUCCGCUUGCUUUUUUCUGUCAAAUGAUCCUGAUUAAGAAAAUUGUAAGCUUCUGGAAGAAUCUAGAUGUAUCCAAUUACCCCUCUGGAAAUACAUUCCCUAUAUGGGAUCACAGACUCAAGGACUCUGAGGAUGGGAAG